GCAGUCAAAGCCCAACAUCAAAAAAGAAUAAAAGAAGAGGUCGAAAUGUUAAAACAAUAUCAAAGACGUGUCAAUGAAUCUAACCAAAGUACAAAAAAGGAUCAAGCGCCUAAAUUGGAUGAUAUUAAAAGGGACAAAACAUCUGAAUUGGACGAUAUUGAAAAGAAUCAAGCACCCGAUAACAAGCGCUUGGAAAG